UGUGUGUGUUUAGUUAUUUGACCUUGAAUAGUACAUUUUUGCUUGGAAAACACGCCUGAGCACUGCUGUAUGCUGAGCUUCCUUAUUGCAUUGACAAGAUGAAUUCUAUCCUUAAAUGAAAUCACUUGGUUUGUUUGAAACAGCAUAGCCCAGGAAGCCCAGUAAACAAAUUUAGGCUAUGCAUUCUUAGGGGAAAAAAAACCCUUAAGAAUUGGAUAGCUAAGGGAUUACUAAAGGAGUUCUAGGUGGAGCCUUUUUUAAACGAUAACCCUUUGUUUUGGGGUUCUGUGCAUUUUUUGCAAACCGAAGAGGGACAAACUGAAAAGCAUUUAGGCUUAUAGUUUUAACAUUAUUUCUAAGAGUGUAAGUCUGAUGAAAACGAUGGGGCCUAUGGCUGUUUGAAGGUUGUUGUUAAAAUGUGGUAUAGCUUUUAUUAUGGUUUAUGCACUGUGAAUUUUGAUACAAUUUUCGUACUUUCGAUAGCCCACUAAAAACAUUCGUUUAACAAAAAUACAGUAAUAAUAAUACUGAUGUGCUUAGGAUGCCACAUGUGAUGUCAGAUCGGCCCAAACCAUCAUUUUGUUGCUUUUGUUUUUGUAGAUGUCUGACACUUUAUAUGUGAUAUUUUCUACAUUUUAAGGUUCUUAUGUAAGAAUAAAAUUAUAAAUCGCAAAACUGGUUUAACUUGGGCCAUAAAUUAUUGGUAAUGCUCCUUAAAUAGAUUAGGCUAUCGAAUUCCAAUGGCCAUUGUGCUGAACACAGCGUUACUGCUGUGUGUUUACUUUUUAAAGCUCGUCCUUCUGUAAAGGUUUUAAUUAUUUGAAUUGACGUGAAACUAGAGAAAAGUACAAUCAUAAAGUUACAUUCAUAAAUUGUUUGAGUGAUUCGUGAAGAAAAACACUCUUCGUGAGUUUAAUUGGGAAAUAAUAACCUUUUGUAAAGCAAGGCAUUGUAAAACAGACAAGACGUUUACUGACAAAGUGUAGAGCUUCCUAUCGUAAAUAUUAAAAAAAAAAUUUUUUUAAGUUUGGAUACCCAAUAACUCAAUAGUACAAUAAGAAAGUUGCAUUCAUAAGAUUUUAUGUAUAGUCUUUCGUGAAAAACACUUUUCGUCAUGCCCUUUAGGAAGUUAUAUUGUGAAGUUAUAUUGUGAAGCAAGCCAGUGUAAAAAUGCUGGGCAUUUGCUGGCAUGUAGUCUACAUAGCUGUGCUAUAUUAUGUUUCUAACGAACAGCGAAAAUAUGGUAUUAUACGCUCGUCGAGAGGGUUACUGCAACUGUCCAUCAGCAAUACACCUUCAGUAUAUUGUCUCCUGUUUUUGUUCCUCCCCUCAUUUUUUCUUUUUUUAUUUUGAGCGGCACUUGCGUCACUGCAACCGGAAUUAUAUAAAUAUAUUUAUAUAUGAGAAUUAUAAGGGAUUUUAUAUGCAUUGGGGAUUCCAUCCAGUGCAACAAGAGUCCCCCUCCCUUAAUGCUCGUCUAUUGGCUGAGAGGCUCGGGAUUGGUCAGACAGUGAUCAGCUGGUGCGUUUCCCUACUCGCUCACAUUGGCACCUCGCCACCCCCCUUCGGCUAAAACCAAACCUCACAUAAAGUAAUGGCAAAACACACUUGGACUAUAAAACACAACAAAUCAUAACACUCGCACAAUAACAGUGGCCACCCAAUGAGUUCCUACUUCGUCAACUCAACUUUUCCCGUGUCUCUAGGCGGGGGACAGGAUUCUUUUCUGAAUCAGUUACCGUUAUAUUCUUCUGGAUAUACCGACACUUUGAGACACUAUCCAAGCGCCACGUUCGGAGCGAGCAAUGUCCAGGAGAAGGUGUACUCCAACUCUUACUACCAGCAGGCUAGCGGAGUGUUCGGGAGAAGCGGCUCAGGCGCUGCGUGCGAUUACGCCGCCUCCAGCAUAUACCGAGAGACGGAGCGCUCAUCGUGUCCUCUCGGAGGCUUGGAGGAGUCGCUGGCUCUCACACAGGGGCACAGCAAGGCGGAGGGCUCGGAGCACACUUCAGACACUUAUUCCUACAGCGAAACCAAGCCCUGUGCCCCUGUUUACCCAUGGAUGCAGAGGAUGAACUCGUGUAGCGGCAUUCCUGGCACCACCGGCCGCAGGGGUCGUCAGACAUACACUCGAUUUCAGACUCUUGAGUUGGAAAAAGAGUUCCAUUUUAAUAGAUAUUUGACCAGAAGGCGCAGGAUUGAAAUUUCGCACGCGCUGUGUCUAACAGAGCGACAGAUAAAGAUCUGGUUCCAGAAUCGGAGAAUGAAGUGGAAGAAAGAAAAUAAAGUAAUAAACUCUGAAAAGACCAGCGAAGAGGAGGAUGGUGGAAAGACGGGAUAGACGAUUUCCAUAUGCACUGUGUUGUAAAUAAUAAACAAGUCCAAUAUUUUUACCCACAGUACAUAGGCUAUAGUAUUUUCAUGUAGAUGUACGAAUUUAACCAAACAAAACGGUUAUCUAUUUAAGGCUUUGUUCAAGUGCAAAAGCUAGUAACCCUCUCAGGGUUGUCAAACAUGCAUCUUUCUAAUUUCUGUAAUUUUCGCCCCAUUGUGUUCUAUUUUCCGCCAUUAGACCAAUUUUAUUACCUGGCAUAAAAUGAAUGGCUGAAUUUUCACCCUCUUGCUUCCACAUCCUAGAACGGGCUUAUAGUGAAGGCUAAGGGUGACAGGUUUUACUGCUGACAUAUUGGACAUUCGUGUGUUUAAACGUUCUCGUGUGUAAUUUAUUUUGUUCGUUACGUUUGUGUAUGUGGAUGCACUGAUAAAAAAAUAGUGAACUUUGUUAGCAAUGCCAUUUUGCCAAUAAAAUAUGUUUAACCAUGA